AUAUAGAACCUCAUGAAGAAUGAUCAGAGUGAAUGCCAUCAUUACUGGGCAAGCCUAACUGGCAUUCUGAUCUCGCAGAUCGUUACCGCCAUAUACAGUACAUUCUAACCAUGAAGAUCAUUAUUCGUGAAUUCUUGUGCACUGCUCCGCGGGGCAAUGAGGUUAAACUUUCUGACUUUCGAGGAGCUCUGCUGCUCAUGGAAGUGCAGAAGUGACAGAGGGUUUACAGGAUGUUAGGUCCCAGGGACAGAGCAACAAUAGGAUUUUCCCUGCUCAUAGCCUACUUCCUUAGUGAGAAUUGACGUAAAGCUUAGCAAAAAUUACCUAAUUGUGACAAGGGAGAUGGAGUAGUAUUUAACAAAGAGCUCACAAUGUCCAUUUGGGCGACCUACUCUGUGAACGCGGAAGUUGUGAAUGAAUUUACUUCCGCUUCACACUUCCACGGGGGCCCGAAGUUGUAGAGCAUGCAUUCCACUCUGUUCCGGUUGAAUAGUGUAAAAUAUUGUUAUCCUUAUCUUAAAGUAUUCCCUCCUGUUCAGUUAGGCAAGGCAUACUUCAUUGACAUUACUUGAUGCUCAUUCCAGCCAUAUCCUAAGACAUGCUUUUAUACAAACAACAGGGCAUAAUUUGCAUGUGGCACCCUACUUGCUUCCUAUAUAUGAGAGCUAGAAUUAAUGAUCCUGAAAUUCAUCAAGUGCCUACUUGCUAAUGGCUAGGAUUUGAAGGGUUUUUUUUUUUCCAUAUUGCCCAGCUUUACUCAACAGAAGUAUUUGGUGAAUUGGUCGGCGCAUGAAACUCAGUACUUCUACUGAUGAGAAGAGUUGGCUAAUACACUCACCUGAACGUUAUCACCUUGGUUAAGACUUGAAAGGUAGACAAGUAUCUAUUAGCAUAUCUGAAAAAACAAAAGGUUAUGUGUACGAAUUCUCCAGAGCAAAGGAACCAUGUUAUGAGCGCCAUGUCUAGAAGGAUGGCGAACCACAUUGUUUACAGAGCUCAUCGUGAUCACGCGCGCACACUGGUUCACCAGACCGCCGAAGCUUUCUAAAUCCUGGGCACUUACCGCGUGAGACGCCGAUGGACUGGAACCGCUACCGCUACGACCCCUCACGCUCUACGCCAUAAAGUGCAGGUGCACACCUGCACCACCAACUAGCUAGCUUGCUGGCUCACCGGGGACAUGGCUAAGACGACGGCGAUCAGCCUGGGGAGCUCGCGGCGGAGGAAGCGCGGCGAGAUGCUGUUCCGGUUCGAGUCGUUCUGCCAGCCCGGGUACCCGGCGCCGCUCGCCGGGGGCGCCUUCAGGGACAACGUCAGGGCGCUCCUCGGCCUCGCGCACCUGGAGGCCGGCGCGCAUGGCGAGACCAAGUGCUGGUCGUUCCAGCUCGAGCUGCACCGCCACCCGCCCACCGUCGUCAGGCUCUUUGUCGUCGAGGAGGAGGUCGCCGCGUCGCCGCACCGCCAGUGCCACCUCUGCCGUCACGUCGGUUGGGGUCGGCAUCUGAUAUGCAGCAAGAGGUUUCACUUCGUGUUGCCCAAGAGGGAAUCGUUGGUGGAAGCUGACGGCCUACACUACGGGAUCCACCACGGCUCGGAGAAAGCGUCGAAAGGGACGGCGACCUCCAGGGGCCACCUGCUGCACGGCGUCGUGCACCUGAACGGCUUCGGCCACCUCAUCGGCCUCCACGGCUUCGAGGGCGGCUCCGACUUCGUCUCCGGCCACCAGAUCAUGGAUCUCUGGGACCGCAUAUGCUCCUCUCUGCACGUCAGGGAGGUGAGCCUUGUCGACACGGCGAGGAAGGGGCACAUGGAGCUGAGGCUGCUGCACGGCGUCGCGUACGGCGACACAUGGUUCGGAAGCUGGGGCUACAGGUUCGGCCGGCCGAGCUACGGCGUCGCGCUGCAGUCGUACCAGCAGUCGCUGCACGCGCUCCGGUCCAUACCGCUCUGCGUGCUCGUGCCGCACCUCUCGUGCUUCAGCCAGGAGCUCCCCAUGGUGGUCAUCAAGUACCAGGCCAUCAACGGCCACAAGUUGCUCAACCUCGGCGACCUCCUCCGCUUCAUGCUCGAGCUGCGGACGCGCCUGCCGGCGACCUCCGUCACUGCGAUGGACUACCGUGGCAUCAUGUCGGAGGCCUCGUGCCGGUGGUCAGCGAAGCGCGUAGACAUGGCGGCGCGGGCCGUCGUGGACGCGCUGCGCCGGUCCGAGCCGCCCGCGCGGUGGGUCACGCGGCAGGAGGUGCGCGACGCGGCGCGCGCCUACAUUGGAGACACGGGCCUCCUCGACUUCGUGCUCAAGUCCCUUGGCAACCACAUCGUCGGCAACUACGUCGUGCGCCGUGCGAUGAACCCGGUGACCAAGGUGCUGGAGUACUGCCUGGAGGACGUAUCCAGCGUGCUCCCGGCGGUCGGCGGCGUGCCGAGCAACGGAGGCAAGAUGAGGGUGCGGUUCCAGCUCACGAGGGCUCAGCUCAUGAGAGACCUCACGCACCUCUACCGCCACGUUCUGAAGGAGCCGAGCCAGGCGCUCACCACCGGCGGGUUCGGCGCGAUCCCCGUGGCAGUAAGGAUGGUCUUGGACACCAAACACUUCGUCAAAGAUUACUACGAAGGUUCCGCUCCGAUCAACGACGGUGGAGUUGGACACGUCCACAUCAACCUGUGUUGCACGCUUCUUGUCAGGAACGGGAGCCCGGAACUAGUUGCUCCGUACGAGACGGUGACCGUGCCGGCGCAUGCAACGGUGGGCGAGCUCAAGUGGGAGGUGCAGAGGCUGUUCAGGGAGAUGUACCUCGGCCUGAGGAGCUUCACGGCCGAGUCCGUCGGCGGGGUCGGCGUCGGUCAGGAUGCCAGCCCCGUGCUCGAGCUGAUCGACGUGGGAAGCGCCGUGGUGGUCGAAGGAAGAGUCGGCGAGCAUCAGCAGCAGCUGGCGGACGAAGGCGUCCUGCAGGGAAACGAGGUGGCGGCCGUGAGCGAGGGGGGCGGCGACCGAGAGAGGGUCGUGGACUGCGCGUGCGGCGCGGACGACGACGACGGCGAGCGCAUGGCGUGCUGCGACAUCUGCGAGGUGUGGCAGCACACUCGGUGCGCGGGGAUCAAGGACAUCGAGGACGUCCCGCACGUCUUCUUGUGCAGCCGGUGCGACAACGACGUGUUAUCGUUACCUUCCUUGAACUGUUAGAAACUGCUAUACCGCGAUCCGAGCAUAGCUUAGUCGGAUAGUGUCGUGGAACCUGCUCAUCUGAGUUCAGUCUUACUCGAC